UUAUUUUUGUUUGUUUGCCUGAAUUCAUUGAACGCGUCUUCGAUCCAUCCGAGUCUCCUCCGACCGUGCUGUGAUCUCGCCGCGUGCUCCACCGUCGGAGGAUCAUCGCCGUUCUCUGAAGCUGAAGAUGAAUUGGAAGUUCCCAGGUAGCUUCAUUAGGGGGAACCAGGAAAGCCCGUCUUCAGCAAAUAGUCAGGAUAUUCCAACUCAAUCUUGGUAUCCUCCAUCAGUAAUUGGUUCUUCACGUCCUUCUACACCUGGUGGUUCUUCCAGUAGUGCACAUCAAAGGGUCGAGCGAACAGAAUCUUUAUCUUCAUCACAUGGUCAACCUUCUCCUGCUGAGGCAGCAGGAAUAAUUUCUCGUUUGAAAGAUAAAAGUGUUGAUGAGCUGAAAAAACUUUUAUCAGACAAGGAGGCAUACAAUCAGUUUUUCCAUUCACUUGACCAAGUUAAGACUCAAAAUAAGUUGCGCGAUGAUCUUCAGAGAGAGACGUUGCAACUUGCAAGGGAGAACCUAGAGAAGGAACCUAGAAUUCUAGAGCUCAGAAACCAGUGUACCAUUAUUCGAACAACUGAGUUGGCAGCUGCUCAGGAGAAACUAACUGAACUUGAGAAGCAAAAGGAGGAAUUGCUAAGGUCUUAUUCACCUUCAGCAUUGCUUCAAAAGUUGCAUGAUGCCAUGGAUAAAGUGGAAGAAGAAUCCGAAGUCCUUCACAGACAACUCCUUGAGAAGGAGAUCGACCUCGCCACUUUCGUGCCGAAAUAUAAGAAGCUUCGCACUAUUUAUCACAGAAGAGCUCUCCUCCAUCUUUCUGCUAGAACAACUAUGUGAUGUAGAAAAUCAAAUCUAGUGCCCGGCACAUAACUUCGGUUCUGUUAUCGACUUUUAUGCCUGAUGAUUGCGCAUAUUCUGUGUUGAAUCUGGGUUAUUAUUAUUCCAGGUUCUGAUGUAUUUGUCAUAUAAAAAUUUAUUGUGCCUUGGUGAUACCGAACCCACA